AUGUUUUCCUUCAAUGAGCGGCUGGGGGUCUUCCUUACCGUUGAAGCAUCUUUUCUGUCUUUAGUGGCAGUAGCAUCUAUCCUUUGCUUCGUUAUUUAUAAAUGGCUGAGGAGGACAGUAACCACUUGGGGAAAAUCUGUGGUGCUCAGCAAAGAUGCGACGGACUCGAGCUUGUUCCUAAACCUGAUGUUCGCGGACAUGAUUCAGGCUAUCGGUAACAUGCCCAGCAUCAGAUGGAUGGAAGAUGGCUUCAUCACAGAGGGUCAACUUUGUACUGCGCAAGCUGCUGUUAAGCAGGUUGGGAUAGUGGGGGUGGCUCUAACUUCCCUCGCUAUCGGUGUUCAAACUUUCUCCAUCCUCGUCCUCCGCUGGCGCGCGCCAAAGCACAUAUCCAAGCUCCUCGUUGUAGGCAUCUGGAUUUUUGCUGGGCUCGUCAUCGGUAUCCCCAAUGCUGUCCACCGCAACACUGUGUACUACGGCAACACAGGCUACUGGUGCUGGAUUCUACAAGAAUUCAAGACUGAGCAAAUUGUGACUGAGUACUUGUGGGUUUGGUCUGCGGGGAUCCUGAUGGUCAUUUUGUAUGGGAUCAUGUUUGUGGUGAUGCGGGGUUGGGUGAUCUUGGAUGAUGAAGGUGUGCAUUGGUAUAGGAACUAUAGGCCGCAGCAUGCAAAUUUGGCAGUGCCGGAGACAGAGGAAGAUAAGGUGUCGAAGGAGAUUGCAAAUCUGAUGCUCUUCUACCCAGCUGUAUAUGUCUUUUGCGUCUUUCCCAAUAGUCUGUCGCGAUGGCUAUACUUCUCAGGAUUCCAAACCCCGUACCAAUUCACGCUGUUCGCAUCAACACUCUUCGCCCUCUCGGGCCUCUUCAACGUCAUCCUUUUCUUCUCCACCCGCCCAGACCUCGUCAAAGGACCAAAUGUCAUCAUUGAGUCCGAGGCGCUGCCACUACACCAACACCACCGCAAAGACUCCUCAUCCAUCUCCGUCUCGCGUCUCGACGCAACGGGUGGCGGGAACAGCAGCAAGCUGGGGCGUCUCCCUGAACGGAACUACGCGUACAACUAUAGCGAUAACACGACGAUGGCGAACACGGAGCCGUGGCCUUCGUCAGCUGUCAGCGGGCAAAGCUACACUGAUGCGCUUAUCAGCAACACGUCGCCGCCCCCACUGCCACCGCCGUCGGGGCUGCAUUCGAGUUAUGAUAAUUAUAGUUAUGCGCAUUCGAGUGGUGGUGGUGCGGGGGGAGAGGCGGUGUAUUCGUCGCCGACGGCGUUUAAUGGCGCGUUGGCACUCCCGGCGCAUGCGAGGACUAAUAGUUACCGCUCUGAUGAGCUCAAGCGGUCGAAGGAGUCUGCGUCGCUGAUGGAGGAGGAGGAGGAGGACUAUGGGUGGCUUCCUGGGGCUUAG